CCACAUAUAUUGAUAUUGCAAGAUCUAUAGCAAGAUCUGACAUCACCUUAAGUGCGGAUGAAUGUAGCAGAAGUCUUUUUGGGAAAAUUAUUGGGGAUAGAACAACAAGCUGGAUUGGAGUCGAGAGAACGAUGACGAACAUCUGGAGACUCUCUCAUGAUAUGGAGAUAAAGGAACUCAGCCCAAAUUACUUCCAGUUCAUCUUUCAAAGCAGAGAAGAUAAAUUGAAGGUGGCCAAUGGAAUCAACUGGAGCUUUGAAAAUCAAUAUCUUGUUCUCAAAGAAUGGAGAAUGGGCAUCUCAAGUAAGCAUCCAUGUUUUAAUGAGCUUAAUUUAUGGGUUCAAGUAACAAACACCCCGUUGGACUGGUUAAGCACUGAAGUUGGUUUAAAAAUUGGCAAAGUGUUUAAGCAAGUGAAGAAUGUGGUUCUUGCCAAUGCUGAUAACCAUGGAGGAAAAUAUCUGCGACUGUUAGUCACCUUAAAUUUGGAGGAGCCUUUACCUCGUGUAUCUAAUAUCAGGCUUGGAGAACAAACUGCUCAGGUUGGCUUCAAAUAUGAGAAACUCUUAAAUCUCAGUCUUUAUUGUGGUAUGAUUGGACAUUUAGACCGCAACUGCUCAAAGAGAAUCACAGACAUCAACAACAAUUCUCUUAAAGAAGGACAGUAUGAUGAUUUUAUGAAGGUGUCAGAAGGAUUGAAAAGGUUUGAUCCUACAUCAUCAGGUUCUAAAGGAACUCCUCACACAGAGUCUCCCAAAGAAAAUGAGCACAUGUCUCAUCCUCACAUAUCCUCUCAUCAAGCUGAGACUAGUCAGCAACUCAUCCACAUUCCUGAUGUCACACCUGCGACCCUUAAUGAAGGUGAUCAAGAUUCAGUUGCAUCUGCCUCACAUUCUCCUAGUAAUCAAGAAGCUCUGGUAGAAUCAUCUCUGCAAAUUGUUGAAUCUUACAAAUCCAAGGCUAUGGAAGUUGAUCCAGAAUCUCCUCACCCUAUCUCAAAUUACAGCAUUAGUGAAACCCUCCCAUCUCAGACUGCUCAAUUGUUGAGGACAUGGAGAAGGGACCGAAGCAAGGAUGGCAGGCUACUCAGGGAAUCUACCAGUAUUAUAAUCUCUGAUCAAAAGCCAAAAGGGAAAAGGACAAGAAUAGAGGACGAGGAUAAUUCAGCCUCUCCAGACGACUCUCUGCAAAACCAAUCAGUUCCAAAGAAAAGCAAGUUGCAAUUACAGAAG